UGUGAGUGUGUGUCUGUCAGCAGCAGGGGGGGUCAGCAGAGACGAGCACAUGCUGCGUUCAACCCCCUUCCGCUUCUUCUCGGUUCACGAUGAUAUAUUCAUGGGAUUAAAACCUUCACCGUCCAACAUAAUCAGAAAGAAACUCGAUAUGAGAUGGCGAGUUAGCCCGGACGAGACAUAGUUCUUCAUAUCUGCAGUGUGGUGGUUCAGGCGGAUCUUGAGGUGCAGGAUGAUGCCGACCUUGACCUCGCACAUAACGGUACCACGGCCCUCCUACUCCCAGGCCAGGGAGAACCUGGUGAGGGCCAUCCCCCCCAGACUUCUCUGUCUGCUGGCCUGUGGAGGAAUAGACUGUCGCUAUGAAGGACCAGAGUGCUGGACGUUAAACCAACAGGUCAUCCGAGGCCUUUUCUCCUCCUGGGUGACGGAUGAUAUAAUUGCCAUGGCACGGCCAUCCAAACAUUUAAUUGAGAAGUACAACAUCAUAGAGCAGUUUCAAAGGUUGAACAUCCGGUCAAUCGUCAACAUGCAGUUCCCAGGAGAGCACGCUCACUGUGGACCCCCCCUCAACCCUGAAAGUGGUUUCACGUACUCCCCACAGAUCUUCAUGGACAAUGACAUUUACUUUUACAACUUUGCGAUGCCGGACUUCGGUGUGUCCUCCCUCGUUGGGAUAAUUGAUGGGGUGAAGGUUUUGGCGUUUGCAGUGAGGGAGGGAAGAGUGGCCGUGCACUGCCAUGCAGGCUUGGGCAGGACAGGUGUGCUGAUAGCCUGUUACUUGAUCUACACCCUGCGCAUCAGCCCAAGCGAGGCCGUCCACUACGUGCGGAUCAAACGGCCUCGCUCUAUCCAGACCCGGGCACAGAUCAGCCAGGUGUUUGACUUUGCUCGCCUGCUUGGCACUCAGCUAGUCCAGUAUCCAGACCUCAGCCUGCGGCAUGGAGCCCCCUUCACCCUGCAGCAUUACCUGAACCGACAGUCACUGCUGCUGCACGGCCAGGAGGGACGCACCCUCAGACAAACACCAAAGGUGGUGUACCUCCUGUGUGUGCGCAUCUCCUGCCUGGCCCUGGGUCUCCCUGCUCCUCCAGAGGUGCAAGCUGAGCUGGAGAAGAGGUCAGCACUGAGGACCCUGAGCAGGACUGUGAGGGAGACCCUGGUGGCCAAACAGUACUUGCCCUUGCUGAGGGAGGGUCAGAAGGGCUCGUGGGAGGGCUCUGGGUCGGUGUCCUCCUGGGACGAGCCGCUGGGAUUCUUGGAGAGGAAGAGAGACGUCCUGCUGGACAAACGCAGCUACAGCGACUCUGACCUCAGCAAGAUCACAGUAAAUGAGGAUCUGGAGCUGAGUCCAUACUGCACCGCAGCUCUUGGAAAUGAGAAGCACUGGUGUGUGCAGGAUCUGGUGCGGCCUGAUCUGAAGCCGUUCAGUCUGGUAGCUGCCAAACUUUCACCAGGUCACCAGAUCUCCAGACAGGAGUCUCACAACAUCCCAAUGUCCAGCAUGAAAACAAGCAACAACUGCACGAAGAGGUUGUGCACAGCUAAGAUAACGUUUCCCAAAUACAGCUCCAACAUUGAGUGCAGAAAUCCACAUAAUCCAGGCCCAACCUCAGUGGCCCGGGCUGUGGCUCAGGCGCUGGCAGGCCACGGUACUCCAGGGGAAACCAUACUGCAGAGAUCGGCUCUGCUGCAGGAGGAGCUGAACAGUAGUGACUGUGGAUGGGCUCUGCUGGUUACUGAGUCAGACCCUCACGUUCUCAGUUGCCUGUUGUGGACCUGGCUGGAAAGAUUAAGGGAGCCGGUUCUAAGUACAGAGGAUGUGCACAGGUUGUGUAUCGGAGCAAAAAACAGAAAGUCUCUCAGUGUGCUCAAGAAGCCACAGAGACACACCAUCUACUGCCUGCUGAGCUGUGUGAGCACAGUGACCAGCCUGUGUCCUCACAGAGAGGAGGAGGUGCUGCUGCGGCUCAUCCGAGCGCUUACAAAGCGCCCCCAAGAGGAAAUUGGAAACCUUGCAACUUUGAUGAAGGUACUAAAGUCAAGUUUGCGAGAAACUUUCCACAACUAUAGACAGCUGACGAGGACCCGCAGCACCAGUGCUACACUCUGAAGAACGAUGGCAACAACCUGAGCAGUUUUUAAUUUGAAAUUAGUCAGUAUUUCAUCCUGGAAACCCGAUUGUGAACAAAAUCAUAAAGUGUAAUUUUUUUUACUUUUAUUACAUUUUCUACAUUUUGUCUUGCAAGAACAGAGCAGGUGUAAAGGUGAACUCCAUUUGUUCCGUUUCAGGGUGUGGACUCACUGUCACAUGUCUCGAGCCUGCAUUAAUGUUAUUAACUUACAUUAUAUUAAAACAUCUGCAGUGAAAAGAAUGAUUUUUGCAGCUCUACGUGAGGGAGUCUCCUUCACAUCUUACUGUUACAACCCAAUUAUAAUUUAUUUAUAUUUAUUAAAUAUAACAAGUGGACAAUUCAUGUGAGUUCAAAACCAGCUGUUUCUACUGCUUCUAUAUUUUUAGAUAAAAUAAAAAAUAAUACAAAGAACAACUUUGAACACUAUGAUCUUAAAUGCUCUGUUGUUUGUGUUUUCGCUCAUAUUUUCACAGAACUCCAACAAAACACAAUAAAUUAUUGUCAGUGUCAAUCAUCAAAAAGGGAGCAAAAGAUGAACAAAUAUUUCUAGCCGAUUUUUUUUAUUGAGUCUUAGGUGAUGAACUGAUUAAUUUGCCUUAACAUUCAUAUAAUUUUAAAUUAUGUCACAGAUUGAUUGAAUCUUUCUGAUUUGAUCUAAUCUUUGUGUCAUGUCUACUUUCACUCGUGUGUAAGCUCCUGUACUUUAGUUAAAUUUGACCCGUUACAGCCUUUUUUACAUAAUUAAUCAUUUACACCAUUCGUACACUGUAUUCACAUGCUGAGAAUUCCUCCACUGUUUAAACACACACACACACACACACACACACACACACACACACACACACACACACACACACACACACACACACACACACACACACACGUAUUAAGCACGCCUGUCAAAGAGCCAUCUCCAUGGAAACAUUGUUACGGUGAAGUUGACAACCAGUAAACAAUCUGAGUUUGGGUUUAGAGAACAUGCUGAAAUAAAAGCUGCCACAGAGGGCCACUUGCAGUACGAUCAGGAGUUUUACAAGGAGAGCUGGAUUCCAAGACCAGCCCACAACUCCAGCUUGAUCCUGUAGAACAUAGUCUGGGUCCUCAGCAUCAGUGAUUUCAGACUCAGAAUCAAGACCAAGAAUUGCCUUCUCAUCUUCCUCAUCCUGUUCUUCAAACAGCAUCAUUAUGAUCAUAUCAAACGUAA